AUGUCCCCCUCAACAGGACCCCUCUCACCCCCCUCCUUCGCAACAACCCAACUCACCCUCCUCGAAGCCGAACUCGCCGCAGAAGUCUCGGAAUCAUCCGCCCUCGUCUCCUCGCACUCCCCCACGGCCCUCCAGCGCGCAGGCCUCGCCCUGCCCAACCUCGUCGUCACCGCCCGCCGCACAGGUCUAGGCGGCCGCACCGUUCUCGAACUAUCCUCCGAUCCCGCCGUUGCUUCUUCUUCCGGUGAACUACCCGAGCAUGGCCUCCGUCCGGGGGACAUUGUGCUCAUCUCGGAGCAGCCUGCGGGAAACGCCAAGAAGAAGGAAGUCAAAGAGCUCGAGAGUAAAGGGGCGAGAGGGGUGGUUACGAGGGUUAGGAGGGAGGUUGUUGGUGUUGCUGUUGAUGAGGGGAAGGGGGAGGAGAGGGAGUUUACGGGGAGGGUUUGGAUUGUCAAGGUUGCUGACGAUGUCACGUACCGGAGUAUCACAAUGCUGCAGCACCUAGCGGAGGAGCAGACAGGACUAACAAGCGCCUACAGGAUGAGCCAAACCAUGGGCAAGAUCGAAAAGAUGACGGAAUCGGAAUACACGGCCUUCAUGCGUGUCCUCUUCGGCCUCUCGAGCCCGUCGCCAGUGCCCCCGGACCUAGCAUCCGACCCGGAGCUCGCAAAGAUCCAAUGGAUCGACCCGUCUCUCAACGACUCCCAAAAGGACGCCAUCCGGUUCGCCCUCGCGUCCCGCGAAGUUGCCCUCAUCCACGGCCCGCCAGGCCUCAUCAAGCUCAAUCUCCGCAUCCUCGUCUGCGGCCCCUCCAACAUCUCCGUCGACAACAUCGUAGAGCGCCUCGCCCCGCACAAGAUCCCCAUCCUCCGCCUCGGCCACCCGGCCCGCCUCCUCCCCAGCGUCCUCGCCCACUCCCUCGACGUCCUCACCCAGACCUCCGAGGCCGGCGCCAUCGUCAAGGACGUCCGCGCCGAAAUGGACGCAAAACAGGCCUCUAUCAAAAAAACGCGCAACGGCCGCGAGAAGCGCCAAAUCUACGCCGACCUCAAGGAGCUCCGCAAGGAAUUCCGCGAGCGCGAGCGCGGCUGCGUCGCAAACUUGAUUCGCGAGAGCAAAGUCGUCCUGGCGACGCUGCACGGCGCGGGCGGACACCAGCUCCGGGACCAGCAGUUCGACGUCGUCAUCAUUGACGAGGCGAGCCAGGCGCUCGAGGCGCAGUGCUGGGUGCCUUUACUGUCGGCCAAGAAGGCCGUUUGUGCCGGCGAUCAUCUGCAGCUGCCGCCGACAAUCAAGUCGCUCAAUUCCAAGGUGAAGCCGCCGGCAGCAGCAAAGUCAGCGGCCCCCAUAGAAGACGUGGAGAAGAAGCAUAUCAAGGGCAUGACGCUGGAGACGACCCUGUUUGAUAGGCUUCUCGCCCUACACGGGUCAUCCAUCAAGCGUAUGCUCACCACACAGUACCGCAUGCACGAGAACAUCAUGAGGUUCCCGUCGGACGAGCUCUACGAAGGAAAGCUCAUCGCCGCGGAGGUGGUCAAGGAGCGCUUGCUCAGAGACCUGCCGUACGAGGUCGAGGACACGGAAGACACCAACGAGCCGGUCGUCUUCAUCGAUUCGCAAGGGGGCGACUACCCCGAGAGGAGCGAGGACGACGACAAGGACGCCGUCAAGAAGGCAAAGUUCAGCUUGCACGGGGAGAGCAAGAGCAACGAGAUGGAAGGGGCCUUGGUCCGGCAACACGUCCAGAAGCUGGUCGACGCGGGAGUGAAGCCAGAGGACAUCGCCGUCGUGACCCCUUACAACGCUCAGCUCGCCAUUUUAGCGCCCCUGAAAGAACGGUUCCCUGGCAUCGAGCUGGGCAGCGUUGACGGCUUCCAGGGCCGUGAAAAAGAGGCCGUCAUUGUCAGCCUUGUACGGAGCAACUCCGUAGGAGAAGUAGGGUUCCUGGGCGAGAAGCGCCGACUGAACGGUAAGCUUCAAACGAGAGAUGAUCCCGCCGGCCGCGGCCAGGCUGGGAAGAUCCCAUGGCGAUGA